AUGUUUGAUUUUAACAAUACAAAUCCCUUUACAUUUGAAUGCGAAUUUAAUAAAUUGAAUAAUGAUGUUGGAACUCAAGCAAAUAUCCCAUUAUUAAAUAAUAUUUCUAAAAUUUCUAAUACUAAAGACAUUGCUUGUGGUCCAGAUGUAUCUUGUUUAAACAUGAAUUCUUUUUUAGGAUAUCAUUCUAUAACUAACGAGUCACAAUUAAAAGACUUAACCAGUACUACAUUUAAAGUUUUUAACUUGUUACUUUCAUUUAUCUCUGAUUCUUGUUAUAGUGCUGUGAGUAAAGAAAAUAGAUUAAUGAUUUUUCUUAUCAAAAUUAAAUUGGGUAUAUCAUAUUCAGCUAUUGGAGUAUUAUUUAAUAUUAAUCGUACGACUGUGUCAAGAAUAUUUUAUUCUGUUCUAAAUUCUUUAGUUAGCAAAACAAAACAUUUUAUCUUUUGGCCCAACAAAAAAUCAAUUUUAGAUACUUUACCAAGAGCUUUUAAGCAAAAUUAUCCUAACUGCCGCUGUAUUAUUGAUUGUACAGAGAUAAAAACUGAGCAACCAAGUACAGUUGAGCAAAGAGUUAACAUGUAUUCAAGGUAUAAAAAUGCUUACACAGUAAAAACUCUAGUAGCAAUUACUCCUAGUGGUUUAAUUUCAUUUUUAUCAAAAUGUUAUGGGGGUAGAGCAAGCGACACAUUUAUCACCAAUGACUGUGGUUUUUUAUCAAAACUUGAAAAAGGAGAUGAAGUUUUGGCAGAUAAAGGUUUUCCAGGUAUUAAGGUCUCUUGUGAAAAUAAAAACAGUAUUUUAAUAAUGCCUCCUUUUCUUCAUAAUGGGAGAUUUAGUGAAAAUGAAGUAGUUGAAACAUACAAUAUUGCUAGUGUGAGAAUCCACAUUGAAAGGGUUUUUGCCAAAUUAAAAACUUUGGGAAUUUUAAAUAAAAUAACUAUAGAUUUGUUACCCCAAGUUGAUGAUAUUAUGCAUAUAUGUUGUGUGUUAAUUAAUUUACAAAACCCUAUA